AUGGACAUUUGCUUUCCACAGCGACUGGGCGCAACCGACCUACUGACGAGCGAGUGCUUUGACUGCCAGGAUGGUUUCGGCAACGGCUCCUUCCAGAGGCAGUUUCUGCUCCUCAGCGCCGUGGGCCUCGUGCUGGUCUGCUGCCACGGCGCCCUGCUGCCGCUCGUUUUCGGUAACGUCGACCAUUGGUGUAAGCGUCCGGCCAAAUUGAACAUCUCCACGUACGCCUGGAAGAGCGAAGCCAUACCUGUUGAAGCCGACGGACGGCACAGUCGCUGCUACGUCUACGCGGACGCCGGAGAACAGCGGGGGAAUUACACUGGAGACGUCGUCACUUGCGACGAAUGGGACUACGACGAAAAGCGCGCCGCCACUUCUGCCGUGACCACCUGGAACAUGGUUUGCCACAGACGCACCCUGCUUACCGCAGUGGGUGUGGCACAAAACGCCGGUGCUGCCGUCUUCCUGCUGGUCUGCGGCGCUGCGAGCGACCUAUUCGGUAGGAUGCCCGUACUUGUAGUGUCCGCAGCCGCAUCAUUCGUGACGACGCUAGGUGGCUGCCUCACCGCCAACUACGUGCUAUAUGCUGCAGCCCAGUUCGUCGCCUGCGGCUGCGUGGGUGUCAACAGUGCCGUCAGUCUGCUCGUUUCGUUCGAGGUGACUGUUCACAAACACCGGCCUCUGCAUCUCAUCUUCACAGCAACGGCGAGUUUUGCAUUGGCAGAUUUGUGGUUACUGGUCGUGUACAGCCUCUCUGUAGACUGGAUGCUCAAACAAGUCGUCUUCCUUGCCCCGACACUGCUCCUCCUGGUUACCUUUAACAUCGCCCAAGAAUCUCCGCGCUGGCUGGUCGCAAAGCGCAAGCUCGAUGAAGCAGAAGCCGUCAUGCUCAACGCUGCUAAAGCGAACGAGUUUUCCCUGCCAGGCACGGCCUAUCUCCUCGACAAGGUCAAGCUGGAGGGCUUAAAAAACCGGUAUCGUAUGGCGCGCACCAGCAAUGCCGGCAGCUUUCUACUCGAUGUGUUCACGCUCCGACGGCGAGUGAUUGCGAUGUUCGCCGUCCAAUUCUCCCUCACGUUUGCAGUGUAUGCCGACACAAUAUCGAUGUUGGCUCGAAUCGACGACGCUGUCGGCAAAGGCGAGCCCUGGUUCCCUUGGGCAGCACACGGCGUAAGACUGCUUAGCUACGCAUCGGUUUACACAUCUGUGGCCCGAUUCGGACUCGUGACGGUCCUCUCCACGGUUUUGGCGCUUGUCGGUGUCAUUCACUGUCUCCUGAGCUUCGUUGUCGUCUUCCCGUCCUGGGCCGCCAUGGGCGACGCCCUGCUCGUGCUUUCGAGUGGCUUGGUUCCAAUGGCUGUCAUUGUGAGCAUCGCCUACCUCAUGGAAGUGGUGCCAACGGCUGUACGUGGUGGCGCCCUGGGCUGGGCGCUCGCCUGCGGGCGUGUUGGCGCCGGGGGCGCCUCGUCGACCUUUGUGCUGCGACAAGUCGGCCCCAACGAGUGCCUUCCAGAACCACUCCAGCCCUUGCGGGCAAUUGUUGCCAAUGCGCUGGCGACGUUCCUGUUCUGA